UAGUCAACCAAAGGUCACCAUGCCACAUCUAAUAGGAAAGCCUGCUGCUCAGCAAACACAAAUAUAUGCAAAAAAUGCAAACUGUGAUAAGUAGGAGGAGCCCUUAGUUUGAGAUAUAACAUUUCAAAAUCACCAGAAACAUACUGAUGAGAAUCCAGAAAUAGUUUAACUCACACGAGAAAGUUAUUUUUCAUAUCUUUUAUUUUCUUUUUUUAUUUUUUGAGUGACUUCAGACUUAGCAAAUGAUUCUUUUCCAAUGAAGUAAAACUGAAUGUCCUGCUUAAAUAUUUUCAUUUUAACCACUUGUAUUAUUUCAAAGUAAGGAAAGAAAUCAGCCAGAUGUGCCAAAUGAUAGCAUAUUCCCAUUUCAUGAUAAAAAUAAUUAACUGGUUUGACCCGCAGCUUUCUAGAAAUGUCUGCACUUUAAUCAAAAAUUUCUUUUUUUCACUAAGAAAAUUUGGCUAUGGGACUUGCCAAGGUUUCAAUGUUAAUGUGGUAGUUGCUAAACAAUUCCAGUCAUUAUAAACUGUAUGUUCUGUUUUCACAUCUGUAUUGGGUCCAGAACAUUUUCACGUACAAUUAGCAUGGUUGUAGGACCAAAACCUCCUUUAAUAAUAAUCCCAAAAUAAUCUUCCUUUUGCUAGAUACACAAAAAGAGAAAGCAUACCAAGCUGAAACAGACCCUGAAGGUUGUCAACCUCAAUGGAAUAUAAAGAAUGGAAAAAACUUAGAGCCAGGGUAGAUGCAGAUUCAGAUACCACGGUGGUCAGAGAUAAUUCUUCCAAAUCCAACUCGAAUGACAAGGUAGAUGGAGGUGCCAGUAGUAAAUGGAAAUGAGCAGAUUUGGGGGAAAGGACUGAGUUCAGUCACUUUGAGGAGUUGCCAAUCAGUCUUGGACCACAGAGCGCCCAGCACCAAGGAGACAGCUGGGCAUAUGGGUUUGGAGCUCAGAAGCAAAUCUCUCCGUGGAAAUGUGAACAUGAGAGCAGUUAGCUAUGGAUCCUAUUGAACACCGUAGAAAUGGCUGGGGUGUUGAUAAGAGAAAGAAGAGGGCAGGGCUGGGGAACUGUCAGGGAGAGGAGGAGAACAGCCUUCUCUUCAGAAUUCUAGUCAGCCCUGGUCUCUCUGGGAAGAUGGCUUCUGGAACUCCACCUAUCCCUUCUUUCCAGCACAGAAAGUAGAGGUGUCAUCAUCCAAGGAAUGUAGCUUCAGGUGAUGGCAACUUCUUUUAGCAACCAUACUUUUUCUUUCUUUCUUUUUUUUUUUUUUGAGAAGGAGUCUCUGUCACCCAGGCUGGAGUGCACUGGUGUGAUCUCAGCUCACUGCAACCCCCACCUUUCCAGUUCAAGCGAUUCUCCUGCCUCAGCCUUCCAAGUGGCUGGGAUUACAGGCAUGUGCCACCACACCACCACACCCAGCUAAUUUUUGUAUUUUUAGUAGAGACGGGCUUUCCCCAUGUUGGCCAGGCUGGUCUUGAACCCCUGGUCUUGAAUCCAAGCGAUCCACCCACCUCAGCCCCCCAAAGUGCUAGGAUUACAUUCCUGAGCCACCAUGCCCAGUCAACAACCACACUUUAUAAAGUUCAUAUUAACUUUGCAGUCAAUGCAACUCUGUCUUCUCAAAAAAACAGCUGGAAAGUCAACUUCUUUCUUUAGGCUACAUGAUGGUCAUUAUUUUAUUCUUAUUAAUUCAUGUUCAUUGGAUUCCCCAUUGCCUUAUUACUGGUCCCAAUACAUCCAUGGAAUCCGGUUUCUAACACUUACCUAAUGUGUGGGUUCAGGCAAGUUUCUUAGCUCUCUGUGCUUCCUUUUAAUUACCUGUGAACUGGAGACAUUUAUAGUAUCUACUUCAUAGGGUUUGCGAAGCUGAAAUGAGUUAAUUUAUGUAAAGUGCCCAGAACAAUGUCUGGUGCAUAAGUACUUUAUUAAUGUUAGUUGUCAUUAUCAUCAUCAUCUAUCGGAGUCUCUCAUGAUUAUAUUCCAAACGAUCUCACCUAGUCAGAAUUUGUCAUUAAGAAAACUGUGGGCUGGGCACGGUGGCUCACACCUGUAAUCCCAGCACUUUGGAAUGCCAAGGUGGGCAGAUCAACUGAGGUCAGGAGUUCGAGGCCAGCCUGACCAACAUGGCGAAACCCCAGCUGUACUGAAAAUAUAAAAAUUAGCCAGUAGUGCUGGCGUGUGCCUGUAAUCUCAGCUACUCGGGAAACUGAGGCAGGAGAAUCUCUUGAACCCAGAAGGGGGAGGCUGCAGUGAGCCAAGAUCACACUACUGCACUCCAGCCUGAGUGACAAAGCAAGAUUUCAUCUCAAAAAAAAAAAAAAAAGAAAGAAAAGAAAAAAGAAAACUAUGGAGCAUGACAUGGAAGCUGGAUAAGAAACUUGUUUGCAAACUCCAAGAAAAACCAGGACCUAAAAGAAGGGAAGAGUGGAAUGGAGGGUGAGCAGAGUAGGGGGCCUAAGCUCUCUAUAUCCACUUUGAACAGAUUUCUUCCCUUUUUUUUUCUUUCUUUUUUUUUUGGUUGUUUAUGUUCCAUUUCUAGAAAAGUUUCAUUUGGAAAAAGGGUUCUACUGCUUUGCGGGGCAAAAAGGAACCAUAGCUAAGCUGCUAACUAGGGUAACAUCCUAUCCCCUCUGAAAUACAAUUAAAUUCAGCAACGCCAUCUGGAUUCAGUGGCUGCUGUGUGCAGAGCACCUGCUGGGCUGCAAUGGAGAGGGGAAGGAAUCAGUGUUGUCUGCAUCCAAGUAGUACACACUGUAACAGGGGACCUAUACACACAGACCCCUUGCCAGGCAAUGUGCCCUGUAGUAUGGCCACACAGAGGAGGAGUCCUGGGGAGGCUCCAUGGUGAAGGUGGCUUUUGAAGGACUGGCAGGGUGUCAAUAGGCAGAGAUGCAUGGACACUAAAAUCUAGGCAACAGGAACAGCAUAGCCACAGGACCGGGCGUCAGUCACAUUCUCCCCGCUGGCCAAAUGACACAAAUAAUGCUCAAAUUCCAUGCUGCGGUUUGCUUUGACUGGCGGAGGCGGAGGGGCGCGAAAGACAAGGGAGCCAGCAUGCUGCACAGCAGGUUUAGCCUCCAUGCCCGGGGCUUGGAGCAAGAGAGUGAAAACAUCAGAGCUAUGUCUUCAGAAGGUCUUGUGUUGUGAAACUGACUGGCAAGCUAUCACAGGAAGCUAAGCGAGGUGGUGGGCUGCUGGAUUAAAAUGAUCUCUAAACAGAAUUCGCUCUCAGGGUUCAUUUUCAGCCUACCUCAUUAGGGCAGAUUCGGUCUUCUCACAUUGUUAUUGCUGUAUCGGAGGAAUCUUUCUAAAGAGAAAAGUGACAGCACACAUUGCUGCCAUUUCAAAGCCAGCAUUUUUAAAGGGCGUAAUACAUAGUGACAGUUUUGAUGUAUGCCCGUGGGUGUGGGUCCUAAUAUCUCAACAUACUCUGCCUGCAUAAUUUAAAAUGACAGUUUAGCCUGUCAAACUUAAAUGUGAGUGAAGUUCCUUGGAUAUUUAUAAAACAUCAAAAAGAUAGAAUGGUGUCAGCAAAAGAUGGGUCUUUUUAUUACUAAACCACGGGACGAUUUUUGGAUAAUUGCUGGCAACUCACCUAGAAGCUGAAUUUCCAGACAAAGUAUAAAUUUGGUGGUGCCACAGUUUUGAAGGUUAUUUUCACGCAAUGCAAUAAAAGGAUAUUACAGAACUCUAGCACAAAUUGUAGUCAAAGAUGGAGACGCGUCAAUGACCCGUUUGUUUUUAAUGUAUUGUUUUAAUGUUUUUGUUUUUCAUGUAUCCAUGGUUUCCAGUUCCCCCUGAGAAAGUGGAAAUUACCCAUGCUAAUAAAGCAAGCGUUAGUGCGAAGACCUAGCUGAUGUUUGGGCUGGUUUUUAGCCCGCUAGGCAGUCACCCUUUAUAAAGCCUGCCAAGUUUGGAGCGUGGGUAAUUUUACACGCGGGUCUCCACAGAUCCUGUCUACUUCGGUAGAUUUAUUACUAGGAAAGUGCGUGGGGGCACUAAUUUUUGUGAAUUGACUAAUGCGUUAGAACUUUAAAAACCGGGUAGAACGCAGCGCAGGAAGCGAGCGUUCACCGACGCAGCGCCGGACGCAUGCGCGGCCCCUGGCGUCUUACGUCCCACAGGCCCCACCCCGGCGCCAUCCGUCCCGCAGGCCCCGCCUUUGGCGCUGGGCUCUGACGUCACCACCUGCGCCGCGCACAGUAGAAACAGGAAGUGGGACCAAAACAAAGGAGCGGCGGCCGGGAGCGGACUUACCUUACCUUCUCUGCCUUCCGCGCGCUUCUCAGCCGGGCCGCCGACCCAAAGGAGCCGUCCGACUAUGUCUAACAUGGAGAAACACCUGUUCAACCUGAAGUUCGCGGCCAAAGAACUGAGUAGGAGUGCCAAAAAAUGCGAUAAGGAGGAAAAGGCCGAAAAAGCCAAAAUUAAAAAGGCCAUUCAGAAGGGCAACAUGGAAGUUGCGAGGAUACACGCCGAAAAUGCCAUCCGCCAGAAGAACCAGGCGGUGAAUUUCUUGAGAAUGAGUGCGCGAGUCGAUGCAGUGGCUGCCAGGGUCCAGACGGCGGUGACCAUGGGCAAGGUGACCAAGUCGAUGGCUGGUGUAGUUAAGUCGAUGGAUGCGACAUUGAAGACCAUGAAUCUGGAGAAGAUUUCUGCUUUGAUGGACAAAUUCGAGCAUCAGUUUGAGACUCUGGACGUCCAGACGCAGCAAAUGGAAGACACGAUGAGCAGCACGACGACGCUCACCACUCCCCAGAACCAAGUGGAUAUGCUGCUCCAGGAAAUGGCAGAUGAGGCGGGCCUCGACCUCAACAUGGAGCUGCCGCAGGGCCAGACCGGCUCCGUGGGCACGAGCGUGGCUUCGGCGGAGCAGGAUGAACUGUCUCAGAGACUGGCCCGCCUUCGGGAUCAAGUGUGACGGCAGAACCCGCUCUGAGGUUUCCUGGCCAUAGCCACCCUUUGAAAUGCUCUCUGUGUGUUAGAGAGAUACUAUACCCUAGAAACUCUGAACAUGCCAGAAUGCUGAAAUGCCCUUCUACCUUUGGGUUUACAGCCCCCUCCAGAUAAAUUAAGAAAUUCAGUAUUUCUGCACUCUUAGCUGGAUUCUGAAGUUCUGUAUAGCUCGUAAUGAUGGUAUUUUUAUAGCAGCCUUUUAACAGAACUAGUUAAUUUCGUGUAUAUGAAUCUUUCUCGACGAUCUGGUCAAAACUGUAUUCAGUUUCCUGCCCAGAAUGAUAAGAUUGAAGGUGGUUGGUUUUUAUUAUUUAGUGUGAUUGAUAGUAUCUAGAAUGGCAAGUGGUGCAUAAAAGUUAAAGAGAGGGGAAAGAUUACUUAGUUUGUUUAUACAGUUAUAAACACCAUGCAGUGUAUUCGGUGGACUGUGCUAUUUCUGUUUAUCCUUUGGGUUUUGGUUUUUGUUUUGUUUUUGCCUUCACAGUGAGACUGCAAAUGAUUGUUCUCAUAACGUAUGUUAUUAUAAAUAUGGUCUUAUAAUUUAUACUGAAAUUACCUUAGGAUAUUUUUGCAUAAUACUCUCUUACUGCUUACAUUCUAUAAAUUUUUCAUGUGAUAAUUGUCUUUGCGUAACUGGGAAAAAUGCCGAAUAACUUCCUUUAUUAUCUGGAAAAAUUAAAUUUGUUCAUUUAUAUUUUCUACUUAAUUGAGUUUUUAAAAAGACUUAGUGUGACAUUUGACAGUGUCUUUCAAACGAACUUCUCUAACAAGUUUAUAGUUUUCCUGUUUCAACACUAUUAGACGUCUUAUAAAUUAUGCUAAUUAGCACGGCAGUCAUGUUAUACACUCUUAACAUUGCCAAAGAACUGUUGAUUCGUUUGAGAAAACCCUGGGACUGUGUGUGUGUAGGUUUUGUUUUAAUUUUAACAACCAAAAAUAGAAAUAAAAUUAGAACUGCGUUUUAAGUUCUAAUUUGUAUUUAUUAAUUUGUCCAAAGGCAAGAACUCUUGGAAAUCCUUGAAAAUAUAAGCUGGAAUGUUUUACUUAGCCAUGCAAGUCAUUUAUGUAUACAUCCAGCCAGCUGGAAGUCUGAGAAGUAAAGAGGUAGGACUGGAAGGAAGGAGAAAGCUUGAGUCUUUAAGGCUAGAGCCCAGCUGUGCUGCCUGCCAUCUUCUCAGGAAUGGCAGUGCGUAUUUUCUGGCUGAAAAGUAAAGCAUGUAGCCACCGCUUUCUCAUACCCUCGAAACAUGGAGAAAAGCAACUUGCUUUUGCCUUGGCAAGCAUACUAACCUAAGUUAAUUCAAGUUUUUUUUAACUUACCCUUUCCUUCACUGGAAGAUUUUUCCAUAAGAGAAUUCCAUUGUUUCAGAAAAUAAUUAUAGGGGCCCUUCCAAGUUCUUUGAAAGAUUCAUAACCAACUAUUCACUAUUAUAACAUGUUUCCCAGUGUAAAUGAGUAAGGAAAAAAAAGUGUAACAGGUACGUGCAGAUGAGGAGUGACUCUCAUAUUUAAGUUAUUUUAUAUUUGACUGGACAUUGUUCAGAAGUGUGCUUUAAGGGACACUUGUUGGUUGUCUGCCCAGCAUCUCUCAAGAAUAUCCCUCUUAGAAGGUCAUGUCUCCUGUCCUCCACAUGGUUGUGCAGGGCCAUGUGUGAAGACAGCAUGAGUCUUAACCCCUCUUUUAUUUUAUUUUUGAGACAGAGUCUCCCUCUGUUGCCCAGGCUGGAGUGCUGUGGCGCGAUCUCUGCUCACUGCAACCUCCACCUCCCGGGUUCAAGUGAUUCUCCUGCCUCAGCCUCCCGAGUAGCUGGGAUUACAGGUGUGCACCACCAUGCCCAGCUAGUUUUUUUGUAUUUUUAGUAGAGACAAGGUUUCACUAUGUUGGCCAGGCUGGUCUUGAACUCCUGACCUCAGGUGAUCCGCCCACCUCAGCCUCCCAGAGUGCUGGGAUUACAGGCAUGAGCCACUGCACCUGGCCUUAACCCCUCUUUAGAUUGGAAAAAAUAAUGACAACUUUAAAAAUAGCUUAGUGUUGAACCCUUUGGUAAACUAAAGACCCUUUUAUAAUGCAAAUAUUCCCAACAAAAUUAAUAUAUUUUGUGAGAUUAAACAAUGCUUGUAUAUGCUUGAACUUUCUUAAAGUAUGUUCAUGUCAUACUAUUAUGAAUGUACAUUUUUAUGAGUCAUAAAUAUUAUUUUCAAAAGCA